AUGGGCACGCCUCCUGCCACCCAAACAAACGGCGUGCAAACCGGAAUCUCAGACGACAACCUCAGUGCCACCAACACAUCUCGCCGUCCUCCGCGUAAAAGCACAUUGACACAGCAGCAAAAAAACCAGAAACGCCAGAGGGCUACACAAGAUCAAUUGAUAACGCUUGAAGUCGAAUUCAAUAAAAAUCCAACCCCCACUGCAACCGUGAGGGAGCGCAUCGCAUCAGAAAUCAGUAUGACGGAGAGAUCUGUGCAAAUAUGGUUUCAGAAUAGACGCGCGAAAAUAAAGCUUCUGGCCAAGAAGAGCAUCGAGACGGGUGAAGAUUGUGAUGCCAUACCCGAGUCUAUGCGACAGUACCUCGCAAAUCAAGCCCUUGAAUCUGGGAAGCCUUUGACUCGGGACUUUUUGGGGAGAUCCACAAACCAAAUGAGUACCUACGGUGGUGGCGGGAUGUAUUUUGGCGACCCCUCGACUUCCGGCAAAAUUGUCAUUCAUCACUUCACCUGUAAAUCUCUGAGCAUUGGCUCAUGGCGUCGCGUCGGCCAGAAUGCUAUGGACCUCGUUGUCUUCUAUGCCCCUGACAAAGCGACAUUGACCUACUACAUCAAUAACGAAGGUGCAGGUUAUAAGAUCGAGUAUCCCUUUGCUCACAUCAAAAACAUUUCCUUAGAAAACAACGAUUCUUUCGACGACCCAAAUACAAUGCCCCAACGUCCACGGGGCAUCUUAGUCGAACUCAACCGCGAGCCAAAUUUUUUCAUGGAUUCAGCUGGCACAGGUGGCUUUACUCGAUGUGGAGAUUUUACCGAAGAUCAACAAGCAUCAUCCGUGAUGGUUCAUCACCUAGGCGGUCAUCCAAAGGUGAUGAGCGGGCAGUUGGCAAAGCUUGUAUCCUUCGAGUCUUUCCAAACCAGACACCUUCCUUAUGACGGACGAGCCAUGGCUGCGUCCGCACCAGUUUCUCCAAUGGGCGCUCCUCCUCGGCCGUCGUCUCAGCCUAGUCAGAUGGCGCACCCGCAACUGGCCAUGUUUGAGAACCAAGGAUUUGGAAUGCCUCCUCCGCCGCGGGGCCAUAAGCGACAACGCAGUCGCUCAGUACCUGUGGCCAUCGAUUUCAACUCUAUGCCUCCAAUGCCAUCUCUCCACAUUCAGAAGCCUUCCGUGAAUAUGAUCGACGCGGACAGUAUCUUUGCCCCGAUUCCACAGCAUAGCAACAAUCACCUUGGCCCACUUGGGCCAAACCUCCGCAUUGAUACUUCCUCCGCAUACGGCAUGGAUUAUCGUCAGAUGCCAAUGUCCGCAGCAACGACCAAUUCGCAGUCUGACUUCCCAAGUCCAGGAUUCUUCUCAGCUACCACCCACCUCGACAACAACAUGCCAGCCUCCAGCUAUAAUCCUUCCUAUAGUUUACCAUUUCUUUCGCCCAUGGGUGAACAUCCCCCAACAGGCAUACCGCCAUCUGUUUCGCCACUAUCGACCUACAGCCAUGAUUUCCUCACGAUGGCACACGAUCAUCAAGAUGAGGGUCUAAUGCUCAGUGAUCUCUACGCAAAACAAACUCUAAAUUUACCAAUGCAUUCGCCCCAUCACAAUCUCGACGAUGCGGAGAUGAAGUUUCACAUGCAAGAAGAGUCAUCUAGCGAAGAGCUUGACAUGAACAAUAUGGUUCAUUUUGGUGACCUAAACCAUCCGAGUUUGAGUCCCGACAGAAAUCUAACGAGCUGA